GCAGCCUUCGUCUUCCUCGUCCUCCUUCGAAGAGGGAGGCAUCAUUGGGAAGACUUGCUGACUCAAGAAUCGGGGCACUUGAAUAGAUCAUUAAGGAUCGUUAACGUUCUCCUAAAGAGCCAUGAAGCAUCGCUCAGCUGUCACCAGCAGUUUAAUUCACUGAGCACUGACUCACAAGACGGAUUGUGUGGAAUGCAACAUACAGUCAAAACAGGUCAGAGUAUGUCAUCUACAACUUUUAACAAAAUCCUGCGACCCCUUCUGAUCACAGUUUUCAUCCUGGGAUGCUUUGUAACCGUCUUUUUGAUGUAUUUUAAACCAUCCACCAGCUGGCUAUAUGGCCCAGUAGAGUCAACAGUUUCCACAGACCAAGUCAAGAACCUAUUCUCCACAAAGAGCAAUAAAAAUGUGACCACUGUGCUGGUCUGGCUUUGGCCCUUUGGACAAACGUAUGACCUGAACGUCUGCAGUUCUAUCUUCAACGUUGAAGGCUGCUUCAUCACAGCAGACAGAAACCUCUACAACAAAUCAGAUGGGGUCAUCAUCCACCACCGAGACAUCGCCAGAGACCUGUCCAACCUGCCGUCUCAACAGCGACCGCCGUUCCAGAAGUGGAUAUGGAUGAACUUGGAGUCGCCUUCACAUUCGCCUCAGCUGCCUGAGAUCAACAACUUGUUCAAUCUGACUCUCAAUUACCGUCAGGAUUCUGACAUUGAAGUGCCUUAUGGGACCAUUGUAGCAGCAGAGAGAGAGGAGGACUUUGUACCACCCAGCAAAAACAAAAUGCUUUGCUGGAUUGUAAGCAACUGGAACCCUGAGCAUGUGCGGGUUAGAUACUACAAUGAGUUGUACAAACACAUUGAGGUUCAUGCAUAUGGACAAGCCUUUGGGGAGCACAUCUCUGACCAAGAUUACAUCCCCACUAUGGCCAGCUGUAAGUUUUAUUUGUCUUUUGAGAACUCUAUACACAAAGACUACAUCACUGAAAAACUGUAUGUGCCACUGUCUGUGGGCACAGUGCCAGUGGUUCUCGGCACAACCAGGCAGAACUAUGAAAACUUUAUUCAAGGGGAUGCUUUUAUCCACGUGGAUGAUUUCUCCUCCCCCAAGGAAUUAGCAGAGUACCUGCUGCUCCUGGACAAGAAUGAGGAAAUGUAUCUGCGAUACUUCAAGUGGAGGCAGCACUUUAAAGUAAAGAGAGCCCACUUCUGGGCAGAGCACACAUGCCUAGCUUGUGACUACUUGAGAAGGCACAGGGAGUACAAGUCAUUUAAUGACCUUAACAAGUGGUACUGGGGCUGACUGUGCUCAAAGGGGCCACACAGUCCCCGUGUUUUUAUGAAGCCGUAAAUAGGACACAUCGAAAAAGUGGUUGCUCUAGAAAGAGACUAAUUUAGAAGUUUAAAAAAACGCAACAUUAAAU